ACGGCGGGCCCAGGGCGAGCAUGGCCGCCCUUCGAGUGUAUUACACCAGCGUGACGGGCUCCAGGGAGGUGAAGCAGAGGCAGUCUGAGGUUCUUCGUAUUCUGGAUGGGAACCGCAUGAAGUACCAGUUGGUGGAUGUCUCUCUUAGUGAAAGUUUGCUGCAAGAGAUGAGGGACAAAGUUGGCAAGGCUGAUGCAGUCCCGCCCCAGAUCUUUAACGGAGACGAGUAUUGCGGGGACUUUGACAUGCUGUAUGAAGCAACUGAAAAUGAAGAAGUUAAGAAAUUCCUUAAGGUAGCAGCUGUAGAUAGAAUGGGGAAAAAUGUGGCAACAAUUUGAAGAUGUUCCUUUAUAUGUGUUCAAUGCUUAAACCAUUUUUUAAAAAAAAGUUUAGAUGAAACAGGAAUUUUGUAUGUCAAAGAAAUUCAGCUCCCUGUGAAAGACAUGGGAAUGUCCACUCUUUCAGCUUUUUGUAUAAGGUUUACUUUGUGGAUAAGGCAGUAACACCUUUCUCUGACAGUAGAACACAAAAAGUGAGCCAUUACUUUUCUGGUAGCUGGGUGGACACAUUGUUAAACACACCAACUUGAAAUCUCUCCUAUCAGAUAGAAGGAUUUUGACUCAUUUAAAACGCCAGAGUGAAA